AUGACCACCGCUACCGAGCCCUACCCUUCACGAACUCCCACAGUCAUGUCUGAGAAACGCGUCUCAGCAUCCUACAUCAGUCCUCCCUCCCCGCGACGAAGACCAGUUCGGGCACAGAGCACAAGAACGAGCAACGGCACCGUCAGCACCAACAUGAGUUACAACAGCAGUCUGGGUCGAUCGUCAGAAGCCACCAACAUUACACAGCCACCGUCUUAUUCCAAGAAAUUCGUGGUGGUUGGGGAUGGUGGCUGCGGUAAAACUUGUCUGUUGAUCAGCUAUGCCCAAGGAUAUUUUCCUGAGAAAUACGUGCCGACCGUUUUCGAAAACUACAUCACCCAGACUACGCACAAGCAAACUGGAAAGACCGUUGAACUUGCACUAUGGGACACUGCCGGACAGGAAGAAUACGACCGUCUUAGACCCCUUUCAUACCCGGAGACCGACCUUCUCUUCGUUUGUUUUGCCAUCGAUUGCCCCAACUCUCUGGAGAAUGUUAUGGACAAGUGGUAUCCCGAAGUUCUCCAUUUCUGCCCUACUACCCCUCUUAUCCUCGUGGGCUUGAAAUCCGACUUGCGGAACAAACGCACAUGUAUCGAGCUCCUCCGCACCCAGGGCUUGACUCCCGUCACACCAGAACAAGGCGCGGCAGUCGCAAAGCAGAUGGGGGCGGCCUACAUUGAAUGCAGCGCAAAGGAAUCUAGAGGCAUUCAAGAAGUGUUUGACCUAGCCAUCAACACUGCCAUUCGACUUGAGGAAGAGAGCUACGAGACAAAGCCGCAUCAGAAAGGGGCCGUCAAGGUCAAAAAGACCAAGAAGAGAAAGUGUGGGAUUCUCUAG